AUGAGUGAUAGAGUGUUAUUGAAGGUGUAUUAUUUUGGUCAGAUUUUGUUACAAACAUCUGAAGGAGUAACAUUUGUUUGUGAGAAUCCAUUAGAUCUGGUGAUUCCUUUUACAAUCUCAUUUGAAGAGUUAAAGGGUGUGAUAUGUGAAAGGAUUGAUUCUGAGAGGGCAAGAAGGAUAUCAUGUAUUCUAUACAGAAAUCCUAUACAAGUGUUUGGUGGAUUCGUCCAGUUUCAAACGAAAUAUGUAACGGACGAAGUGAGCAUGCAAGAUAUGUUUUCCAUGUAUAUUGAAAAUCGGAGACAAGUAUCGUUCAUCGAGUUGUAUGUGGAGUUUGAGCAAUGUGAGGCCGACCGUAAUAUUGUACGGGAGGAUUACAAUAGUGACAGCGAGGAUGAGUUCGAAAGCAACUACGAAGUUGUUGGUCCAGAUGGAGAUGAGGUUCCAGGUGACGGAGGUAUGGCUCCGGAUGUGUCUGAUGUCGCAACUGCUCUGGCACAUGAUGUGCCGUUUGAGGAGCCAUCAUUCAUGCGAGUUUUGGAUUUGGAAGCCAUGCAUGUUCCGGAGUUUCCGGAUUAUUUCAAUACUGAAAUCCCUGUUGUCGCAGAUGGUGAAUUUGCUGUUGGGAUGGAAUUCAGUUCGAGGGAUGCUGUUGUUAAGGCGAUAAAAGAGUAUACUAUACGAAGAAGCGUAGAUUAUCGGGUGUAUGAGUCUGAGCCGUUGACAUUUUAUGCGAAGUGUAUACAGUAUGGGUCAGGAUGUGAUUGGCUUAUCCGGGUUAGCAUGAUCAGCCGGAAGUACUGUUGGGUUGUAAGGCGGUAUAAUGGCAUUCACACAUGUACCAGAGCAACAAUUUCUCAGGAUCAUUCUAAGCUGGACUCAACAACGAUUGCAGAAGCAAUUAAGCCGUUGGUUGAGGCUGACCCCGCCUUAAAGGUAAAAUCGGUUAUAGCAGAGGUGCAAUCGAAGUUCAACUACACUGUUAGCUAUCGGAAAGCAUGGUUGGCUAAGCAAAAGGCAGUGGAAAAAAUAUUUGGAGGCUGGGAGGCAUCGUACGAAGCGUUGCCUAUAUGGUUUGAAGCCAAGUGUCACAAGGAGCCGUCAGCUGUUGUUCAUUUUGAGACUAUGCCUGCAUAUCAAGGUGAUGACUUGGUGACUGAUAUUCGGGUAUUGCAUCGUGUAUUUUGGAGUUAUUACCCCUGCAUUCGAACUUUCAGACAUUGUAAGCCAGUUGUCCAGGUCGAUGGGACCCACUUGUAUGGAAAGUACAAGGGUUGUCUACUAGUGGCAGUGUCACAGGAUGGCAACAACAAUAUCGUCCCAAUUGCGUUUGCAAUUGUGGAGGGAGAGACUUCAGAUGCGUGGCACUUUUUUCUGAGUAACCUUCGUCAGCACGUUGUCACUCGAGAUGGUGUGGGGCUUAUAUCCGACCGUCAUGAAUCCAUAAAUGCAGCUGUGGAAAGGAGUAAUGGGGCUUGGUCACCUCCGAGAGCCUUUCAUAUGUUUUGCAUCAGGCAUAUAGAGUCCAAUUUUUUGAGGAAAUUCAAGGCGCCGUACUUGCAGAAACUUGUCGUCAACAUAGGAUAUUCGAGGACGGUGCGUGAGUACGAGGUGCGUUACCAACGUUUACGAGAACGGGGCGAGGCAUACACUGACUGGUUAAACUGA